UACAGCAGAAAACGGAUUUAGAACGCGAGCAGUUGCCAGUGAACAAUGGCUCUAAGACAGCGGGAGAUGGGUUUAUAGAUAGAGAAACAAUAACAAAAAUUGAAUUUAGAACAACUGAAGCGAACCCCGUUGAAGAACAAUCAGAGAAACAAGACUGUCAUUCUGCAGCCAGUUGUUCUCCUAGGCAAACCGAAACCACGGCAUUACAAGAGUCCUACGCAUCAACGGUCAGCAAAUCAUAUGAAGAUUUAGAUGUCCCAGUGGCACCAUCUCAAAACUUUACGAUUUCUUACUCGCCAAACCUAUCACAAGUUACACCCAUCUCUGGUCCUAGUUCUCCAAUUAAGUUUGCUAAAGAGAGUGGGUUCGUUGAGGGUAAUGAGCAGUCAAUGGUGGUUGAUAUGAAUUUUGUGAAUAAUUUAGGCACAUGUCUACAGAUUUUGACAAAUAAGUCACUUGACGAUGUAUCUGAAAAAAUGUGUCAUCGAACAACAAGCACUACUACCGCCCAACAAGCGGAUGCUGACACUGGAGAACUGCCAAGGUAUCCGUCCACCAUCAUAUCUGAAUCUCCACCUCAUGGACUGAAAGGCGAAAAAACAGAAACAACUGAUAACCGUUCGAACACACUAUCAGAAACAGCCCAAGUUCCACUUGAUAUCAACAUGGAUGAUGAUUUUGAAGUGACAGAUUCACAACUUUGUGCUGUAAACUUUGAUGUUCCUCUGACAAGAUCCAAACCAAACGGCGUGUCGAUAAAGAGUUUGGAUACUAAAAUAGAUAUCAAGGAAACAGAAGGACAUACCAUAAUGGAAGGAUUCAUUAAUGAUGCUUCAAAAUUAAAUAAAUUGAUUUUGAAGACAAAAAGAGAAAUUGAAGCCAUGAAAAGAAGAAAGGGACAAAACGUACCGAUUGGCAUGCUUCAUAAUAAUAAAUGAAGUGUUCAAGAAAUGUUAAUCAUUCUAUGUUUCUAUGUAUUAUAAUUUAUAAAGAUGCAAAUUAUGUUAUUAAUUUUUUAAUAUAUUGUGUGUGCAAUUGUUGUU